CCACUUAGGCAGGUGCUGAAUCCUCAAAGAUAACACAAUCCCUAACCAGACUCUCUCCUCGGGGUUGUGGCUUGAACCCAGUUCUAUUCUCUGGCUUCUAAAGAAAUCAUCUGGCACGGAUCUGGAUUCUAGCUGCGGGCUAAUCGGUGGCAGUGGCAGGUCCCAGCUCGUAGGCCUCCCUCCUCUUGAGGGAAAGGCGCAGGCGCCCCAUGCUUUCUCAGUAACUUCCUAGCGACCAGCCACUUUUCGGCGCCCGAGCGUCCUGCGGGGUGGGUUGGUCAAUGUGGGCGGUUUAAAGCCUUGAUCUCGCAAGGGCUCUCAGGGGCUGCAGCUUUGUUCCUUCCCGAAUGGCGCGCAGGGCUGAGCCCCCCGACGGGGGCUGGGGAUGGAUGGUGGUGCUCUCAGCGUUCUUCCAGUCGGCGCUCGUAUUUGGGGUGCUCCGUUCCUUCGGUGUCUUCUUCGUGGAAUUUGUGGCGGCGUUUGAGGAACAGGCAGCCAGAGUUUCCUGGAUCGCUUCCAUAGGGAUCGCGGUGCAGCAGUUUGGGAGCCCAAUAGGCAGUGCCCUGAGCACGAAGUUGGGGCCCAGGCCUGUGGUGAUGACUGGGGGCAUCUUGGCUGCGCUGGGAAUGCUGCUUGCUUCAUUUGCUACCUCCUUGACCCACCUAUACCUGAGUAUUGGGCUGCUGUCAGGCUCUGGCUGGGCCCUGACCUUCACUCCGACACUGGCCUGCCUCUCCCGUUACUUCUCUCGACGUCGAUCUCUGGCCAUGGGGCUGGCGUUGACUGGAGUGGGCCUCUCUUCUUUUGCGUUUGCCCCCCUCUUCCAGUGGCUGAUAAGCAGCUAUGCCUGGAGGGGAGCUCUCUUGCUAGUGUCUGCCCUCUCCUUACACCUGAUGGCCUGCGGAGCUCUCCUCCGCCCACUCUCCCUAACUGAAGACACUUCCGUGGGUGGCCCUGGGGCCCAGCUCUCCUCCCUCCUCCAUCAUGGCCCCUUCCUCCGUUACACUGUUGCCCUUACUCUGAUCAACACUGGCUACUUCAUUCCCUACGUCCAUCUGGUGGCCCAUCUGCAGGACCUGGGCUGGGACCCACUGCCUGCUGCCUUCCUACUCUCGGUGGCUGCGAUUUCUGACCUCGUGGGCCGGGUGGCCUCUGGUUGGCUGGGAGAUGCAGUUCCAGGGCCUGUGGCACGAUUACUGAUGCUUUGGACUACCCUGACUGGGGUGUCACUAGCCCUGUUCCCUGUGGCUCAGGCUCCCACAACCCUGGUAGUUCUGGCUGUGGCCUACGGCUUCACGUCAGGGGCCCUGACCCCAGUGGCCUUCUCCGUGCUUCCUGAGCUGGUGGGGACUGCAAGGAUUUACUGUGGCCUGGGACUGGUACAGAUGAUAGAGAGCAUCGGGGGGCUACUGGGAGCGCCUCUCUCAGUAUGUUACAGCAUACAGCCUGCAGAGCCAAUCCUAACAGUCCUGAGGCUACCUCCGGGAUGUGACAGGCAACUACACGGCUUCUUUUAUGGUGGCUGGGGCCUUCCUUCUUGCAGGGAGUGGAGUUCUUAUCACCUUGCCCCAUUUCUUCUCCUGCAUCUCAGCUUCUACCUCCAGACCCCAGGACCUUGUAAUAGAAGCAGCGGAGACCAAAAUUCCCCUGCCCAAGGAGGAGGGCUUGGGAGAGGACUGAAUUCCACCAGGAGGCAGCGGUCAUGGAAAGCCAGAGCUUGACAGCACCAGGUCCUCUGCCCUGUCAAGGCGUCCACAGAAGCACAGUGCCUUAGGAUUCUUGAUCUGCCUCCACCAGAGCAGACCUGGGGUUCCCGCGAUUUAUGUGCCAACCCUCUGUUUUUUGUUGAUGACUUUCACAACACCUCCUCUGUACUCCCCAACUUUUCUGAAGGAUCCAGGAGAUCUCAGCCCACUGAGUUCUGAAUCAAAUCUGAAAAUCAAAGGCCAAGA